AUCGUCAUCGCUUUUCAUUCGUUCGAUUUGUCAUGGAUAAGGUCGUGACGUGUGUGGCACCCGUCAACAUAGCAACCAUUAAAUACUGGGGCAAAAGAGACGAACAUUUGAUAUUGCCUCUAAACGAUUCGGUCAGUCUGACUUUGGACUGCGAUCAAAUKCAUGCCAAAACAUCUGUUCUCGCAGGCCCGUUUAUAGAUGAAGACAGUGUUUGGUUAAAUGGGCAGAUUAUGUCCAUCGAAACAAAUGAACGCCUGAAAAAGUGCUUUGAUCUAAUAAGAAGUUUAAUCAAAAAACGUAAAGGUGAAAAUAGUCAAGAAGGAAAAUGGAAUAUAAGGGUCUGUUCUGAGAAUAAUUUUCCUACUGCCGCAGGUCUAGCUUCAUCAGCAGCUGGUUAUGCUUGUCUUGUUUAUACAUUGGCUAAUGCUUUUGGCUUGGUUGAUGAAGAUUUACCAUCUAUUGCAAGACAAGGUAGUGGAAGUGCAUGUAGAAGUAUUUAUGGAGGAUUUGUUCAUUGGAAGGCUGGUAUUGAUGACCUAGGUUCAGAUUCAACUGCAGUUCAAAUUGCUGCUGAUACACACUGGCCUGAAAUGAGAAUUAUUAUACUAGUGGUAAAUGAUUCUCAAAAAAAAACUAGCAGUACUGUGGGAAUGAAACAAACAGUAAAAACUAGUGAAUUGCUUAAAUACAGAGUUCAAAGUUGUGUACCUGGAAGAACAGAUGAAAUCAUUAAAGCCAUUACAGAUAAAAAUUUUGAAAAAUUUGCUGAGAUUACAAUGCGAGACAGUAAUCAAUUUCAUGCUGUUUGCUUGGAUACAUAUCCUCCUUGUGUUUAUUUAAAUCAAGUAUCACAUGAAAUAAUAUCUUUUAUUCAUGAUUAUAAUGAAGCUGUUGGUCAAAUUAAAGUUUCUUAUACAUUUGAUGCUGGUCCAAAUGCUUUUUUAUUUAUUCAACAAAAUGAUCUGAGUUUGUUCAUGUCGGAAUUGGUCAAUGUAUUCCCAUCAGAGCAACCCAAUUCUUCAUAUUUACGAGGAAUUAAAUCAACACUGCCUAAUAAAAUAAAACCAUACGGAUUUAAACCCAAAGAUAAAGAUCUUUUAAAGUAUAUCAUGGUCACUAAAUUAGGCAGUGGUCCAAAAUGUGUUGAUGACCAUUUAUUAAAUAAUGAUGGUACUCUGAAACUAAGCAAUUAAAUUUGCUAUUUAUCAAGACAUUUUAUAGUUAAUUUAUUGUUGUCUGUUUAAUGAAAUAUUUGUUUAAAAAAAAAAUU